UCCAAUUGUCACUUAGUAUUGCAAUGAAAAUUUUGCCAAGCGUCCUCGCGGUAGCCUUGGCCUUCGGUGCGGUAUCGGCUCAGUUCGAUCCGCAUCAAUGGUCCGGCCGUAGCGGAAUCGUGCAUCUGUUUGAGUGGAGAUGGAACGACAUUGCGGAUGAGUGUGAGCGGUUCUUGGCCCCGAUGGGUUACGCCGGUGUCCAGGUUUCGCCUCCAACGGAGAACGUCAUCAUUUCCGGUCGACCCUGGUGGGAACGGUACCAACCGGCUUCCUACCAUCUGAACACCCGUUCCGGAACAGAAGCCGAAUUCGCCAGCAUGGUUCGGCGUUGCAAUCAGGUGGGCGUGAGAAUCUACGUCGAUAUUGUCAUCAACCACAUGGCGGCUGUCUCCGGAACUGGGACUGGAGGUUCGACGGUGUCCGGACUUAACUUCCCCGCUGUGCCUUAUGGAUCGAACGACUUCAACCCGCAUUGCGAAAUUUUGAAUUACAACGAUCGGUAUCAGGUGCGUAACUGUUGGUUGGUUGGAUUGCCAGAUCUUGCUCUAGCAACGCAAUGGGUUCGUGAUAGAAUUGUCGAUUUGAUGAACAAGUGCAUCGGGUAUGGCAUUGCUGGAUUCCGCGUAGAUGCCGUUAAGCAUAUGUGGCCUGAAGAUCUGGAGCAUGUCUUCAACAGACUCAAUAAUCUGAAUACCGAUCAUGGAUUCCCGGCGGGAUCAAGACCUUUCUUGACCCAGGAGGUCAUUGAUUUAGGUGGAGAAGCGAUCAGCGCCACGGAGUAUACUCAUCUGGGAACGAUCACCGAGUUCAAGCAUUCGGCCGAAAUCGGUCGCGUGUUCUACGGACGCGACAGAUUGGCCCAUCUGUCUAACUGGGGAGAGGGAUGGGGAUUCCUUCCGUCGCAUUUGGCACUCGUAUUCGUCGACAAUCAUGACAACCAACGUGGCCAUGGAGCCGGAGGCGAUAAUGUUCUUACCUACAAAGUAUCCAGAAACUACAGAAUGGCUACCGCCUUUAUGUUGGCACAUCCGUUCGGAAUCGUUCGCAUUAUGAGUUCUUUUGCUUUUGACGACGGCGAUCAGGGACCACCACAGGACGCCAACGGAAACUUGAUUCCUCCGUCGAUUAACGCCGAUAACACCUGCGGAAAUGGGUGGGUUUGCGAACAUCGAUGGCGCCAGAUCUACAACAUGGUCGGUUUCCGUAAUACCGUCGGAAAUAGUGCCAUCAGCAACUGGUGGUCCAACGGAAACCAGCAGAUUGCGUUCUGUCGGGGCACAUCUGGAUUCGUGGCAUUCAACUUGGAAGGUUCGGAUUUGAAUCAGAACUUGCAGACGUGUCUACCGCAAGGAACGUAUUGUGAUGUCAUAUCCGGCAGCAAGAGUGGAUCGUCCUGCACCGGUAGUACCGUUCAGGUUGGAUCUGGUGGAACGGCAAACAUCGUGAUUGCUUCCAACGCCUACGAUGGUGUCUUGGCUAUUCAUGUCAACGCAAGGCUGUAAGAUGGGUUGAAAAGAAUGGAUUAUUGCAAGAAACCGAAGGAGGUAGAAUGGCAAACAUGAUAUUCAAUUGAUUUAUUAUGCAAUAAAA